AACGUUUUCUCUUUGGCAUUGUAUUGAUUUUAAUGCCGGCUAGCUUACUUUGAUUUUAGAUUGAGCACGAAAGAUAGCCUUCUGGCAAUUGUGCUUGCCUCUCUGUGUGCGUUUGCAUGAUGAUAAUUUUCAAGACAUUUUAGUAUUUCGCCAGACGUUGGCGCACUCGGUGAUAGAACGCGAUCCGGAUUUCGGAUCUACUUUCUGAACUCAAAUAAUAACAAAGCAACACGCGUCUGCCGCGCCUGGCUCAAUAUCUGGUGAAUAAUUGCUAUAAAAGCACCUGUCAAGUGUUGGGUCGAUAUCUCCAUGGAUGAAUUUUUAUAUAUAAGGCUAAAGAAAGCUUAUAUUUUUUCGUGUGACCUCUGAGUUAGGAACUACCAGUGCCAUGUCAACUCCAACGCCUGGGUGCCCUGACUUUGACGACAUUCUUGGUCAAAUCGGAGAGUUUGGCCGAUUCCAGCGCCGAAACUAUCUACUCAUCUGCCUCCCGGUUUUGUUCGCUGCCGCCAAUAGUCUCUCGUACGUUUUCACGGCGGGAUCUCCUACCUAUCGAUGCCAAGUUCCCGCCUGCGACAACCUCGAGGCGCCCGUCUACGGAGCGGAUUGGGUGUCUGCAGCCGUUCCUGGAACCUGGAACAAGCAGGGACACUUCACUCCGGUGACCUGCGAGAGGUUUGUGGCAAAUGUAAGCACCGUCCAAUCGAAGCCAGUGGAAUGGUGUUCUGCUGAAAACUUCACAACGGAGACGGAGCGCUGCAAGCAAUUUGUGUACGGCACCUCGGAGCAGACGAUCGUACAGCAGUGGGGACUACAGUGCCCGGAGAACCUCUGGAAGCUGGCCUUCGUGGGUACAAUGCACUUUGCAGGCCUGGUAGUUGGCACUGCGCUUUCCGGCUACCUAGCGGACCGGUUUGGUCGAAAGCACGUCUUUCUAAUCUGCAUUGUGUUCAUGGCUGUAACGGGAGUGGCGCAGGCUCUAUCCUGGAAUUAUACUAGCUUUCUGGUCUUCGCACUGCUCAACGCCGUGGGUACCUCCGGCGUCUACCCACUGGCCUUCAUCAUCGGCGUAGAAAUGGUGGGGCCCCGGAAGCGCGAAAUGUGCUCCAUUGUUCUUAACUACUUCUACGCGGUGGGAGAGGCGCUCCUGGGUCUGGCAGUCUUUCUCCCCGAUUGGCGUCAUCUGCAGAUGGCGCUCUCGCUGCCACCGUUGCUCUGCGUGGCCUACUUCUGGCUAGUGCCCGAGUCGGUCCGAUGGCUACUGGCUCGCAAUCGUCGUGAGCAGGCCGGCGUGAUCAUCCGGCGGGCGGCAAAGGUGAACCGGCGAGACAUCUCUGCCGAGCUGAUGGCGAACUUCAAAGAGCAGGAGCUGAGUGGGAUAGCACUUACCGAGCUGGAAGCGUCUGCUGCGCCUGUGGAGUUAAAGGAUGACCAAAUUUGGCGUGCCGUCAAAGAGGUGUUUGGCUCUCACAUACUUUUGGCUCGGUAUGCCAUCAUGCUGCUCGUAUGGGCAGUGAACGCCAUUGUCUACUAUGGCCUCUCGCUGAAUGCCACUAACUUGAGCGGCAAUAAGUACCUGAACUUCGCGUUGGUUUGCCUGGUGGAGAUACCUGGAUAUAGCAUUGCCUGGUUUUGUUUGCGCAGACUCGGCCGGCGUCUGGCUCUAUCCGGCUCUUUGUUGCUGUGUUCCGUCACCUGUGUGGCCAGCGGCUUCGUCACCCUGGGUGCCAACUGGCUGAUCGUGACACUUUUUCUAAUUGGCAAGCUGGGCAUAACCUCCUCGUUUGCCGUAAUCUACACGUUCACUGCGGAAAUGAUGCCCACGGUUAUUCGAAGUGGAGGCGUUGGCGUUAUGUCCACAUUCGCCCGUUUUGGGGCGAUGCUGGCACCUUUCGUGCCGCUGUUGUCGUCGUAUUACGAACCACUUCCCCUGCUCCUUUUCGGUGCCACUUCGCUGGUGGCAGGAAUCCUCUCGCUGCUUCUGCCAGAAACGUUUCAUCAGAAGCUGCCCGAUACGGUCGAGGAGGCUAUUGCGCUGGGAAAAUGAUAAACGCCCCUCCGGAGCCUUCAGUCAUUUGAGAGUGAG